UAUUUCAACCAAAAUUCUAUUUCCUCUUCAUUGUCCGCACCCUUCCCGUCUACCACGCCCAACUUCAUCAAGCCCUAGCUCCCCGAUCCUUCUGCGGAUAGAUCCCAUCUAUCAAUUUUCCUAAUCGAUCGCUCUGGAUACCUCCACUGAUCGAUCUCAUCUAUUAAUUUUCCAUAUCAAUCUAUUUCUUUGCCUUCAUCAUCAAUCUAGGUUUUUUUAUCACAUCAAAUUCUCGGGAUUCCAUUUUUCAUCGAAUCCGUGGUCAGGCCUUCGGCUUCACAACAUUGAAUCAAGUUUUUGAGAUUGGUGCCGCCGAUAGAUAAGAGUAAUUGGAGAUGUAUAGCAAUUUCAAGGAGCAAGCGAUCGAGUACGUGAAGCAGGCGGUACAGGAAGACAAUGCUGGGAACUACGUCAGGGCCUUUCCCCUUUACAUGAACGCGCUGGAGUACUUCAAGACGCAUCUCAAGUACGAGAAGAACCCUAAGAUUAAGGAAGCGAUCACCCAGAAGUUCACCGACUACCUUCGGCGCGCGGAGGAGAUACGUGCCGUGCUUGAUGAGGGAGGGCCAGGGCCGGCUUCUAAUGGGGAUGCGGCGGUUGCCACGAAAGCGAAGACGAAGCCGAAGGAUGGAGAUGAUGGUGGCGAUGAUCCGGAGCAGACUAAACUCAGAGCGGGACUUAACUCGGCGAUCAUAAGGGAGAAGCCGAACAUCAAGUGGAACGAUGUUGCUGGGCUUGAGAGCGCCAAGCAAGCCUUGCAGGAAGCUGUCAUAUUGCCUGUCAAGUUUCCUCAGUUCUUCACUGGCAAGAGGAGGCCAUGGAGGGCUUUUCUUUUAUAUGGUCCACCUGGAACAGGAAAGUCAUAUUUGGCCAAAGCCGUUGCUACGGAGGCUGAAUCAACCUUCUUUAGUAUAUCUUCAUCAGAUUUGGUUUCAAAAUGGAUGGGUGAAAGUGAAAAGCUAGUUUCAAAUCUUUUUCAAAUGUCUCGUGAAAAUGCUCCUUCCAUCAUCUUCAUUGAUGAAAUUGAUUCACUGUGUGGCCAGCGUGGAGAAGGCAGUGAAAGUGAAGCAUCUCGAAGGAUAAAAACAGAACUACUUGUGCAAAUGCAGGGUGUUGGUAACAAUGACCAUAAAGUUCUUGUACUUGCUGCUACAAACACACCAUAUGCUCUGGAUCAGGCCAUUCGACGUCGUUUUGAUAAGCGAAUCUACAUUCCUCUUCCUGAUCUAAAGGCCCGGCAACAUAUGUUUAAGGUACAUCUAGGGGAUACUCCUAACAAUUUGAUGGAAAGUGAUUUUGAGAGUUUGGCUCGCAGGACGGAAGGCUUUUCCGGUUCAGAUAUUUAUGUCUGUGUAAAGGAUGUUCUGUUUGAGCCUGUUCGAAAGACUCAAGAUGCAAUGUUUUUCAUAAAAACUUCUGAUGGUAUGCUGAUGCCAUGUGGACCAAAAACUCCAGGAUCUGUACAAACCACAAUGCAGGAACUUGCUGCAGAAGGCCUUGCUGCCAAGAUUCUUCCACCACCUAUAGCAAGAGCAGAUUUCGAUAAGGUGCUUGCGAGACAGCGUCCAACGGUUAGCAAAGCGGAUCUUGAGGUUCAUGAGAGAUUUACAAAGGAGUUUGGAGAGGAAGGUUAAAAAGGUUGGUUGUUCUACUCAGCUCCUUCAUGUAAUUUGUAUAUUGUAGUUUGAUAUUAUUCUCAUCGUGGAAGAAAUGUAUAAAGCGUCUCUUGCCCCCAUAGGGAAUUUUAUACAACUUUGUGGUUGCUUGAAGGGCUAGAUGCUUACUUGUGACUUGAUUAACUUCCACAAUCAAUAAUUUGAUCCAAAUUUAGUUAAUGUCAUUGUGCUGCAGAACCUGAUUUAUGCAUCACUCUCUUUUCAUUGACUUUAUUAAUUCUUAUUUUUU